UAUAAAUACCAACAGCUACUGAAUGGUUGUGCCAACAGUACUGCUGCUACUACUACUAGAACCAACCAUAUAAUAAAUUAGGGUUUUACAGUUUUCUUCCACAAAACACAAGUUCUCUCUCGCCCUAUCUUUUUCUCUUUUCCUUAUGUUGUUCUGAACUAGCCCAUGGCAUGCUUAGACAUGUACAACUCCGAGCACAAAACUAAUCACCACCACCACAAGCACCACCACCACCCCCACUUCGCUGCUGUGAGCCCCAGAAUCUCCUUCUCCAAUGACUUCGUCGACGCCCAACAAGCUCUCCGGCAAGAGAUGAUCAGGAGCUCGCUGAGAUCGGAUCCUCCGGUCUCAUCGGAUUUCGAAUUCUCCGUCACCUCCAACCACUCCGCCAUGAGCGGCGCCGACGAGCUCUUCUUCAAGGGAAGGUUGUUGCCCUUCAAGGACAAUACGACGUCGUCUUCCUCGUCGUCGCAUAGGAUCACCACCCUCAGAGAGGAGCUCCUCGCCGUUGACGACGAUGACGUCACCUUCCGGCCUCCGAAAGGGACGACGAGGUGGAAGUCGCUUCUGGGGUUGAAGAGGGCCCACAUUGGGUCCAACUCCAAGAAGGCUGAGAAGAGUGAGGCUCAUGGUGGGCCGGGCGACGGAAGGAGGUCCGGUUUGGUAUUGCAUGAUCAGGAGGCGUAUUUUAGCAAGAACUCACAGGAGUUGUUGAAUGAAGGAGGUUCUAGUGCUUGCAGAGACGACGUGGAGAUUGGAAUAUAGUGGUAUUAUUGAUCAAGAGAGAUGUAUAAUUAUAUUUUUGGGAGUUUAAUUUUCUUUUCCUUUUUUUGAAGAGGAAUUAAGGUGACGGUGGAUUUCUUUAUUUUGUGGGGUUUUUCGGUGAAAUUUAUUAGAGGUUGUCAAAUGUGUUAGGGUCAGUCUUUAUUUAUUAGUCUUAAUUAUUAACUUACUGGUUAUUUAUUGAUCUUUGUAUUUUGGUACUCGGAGUCAGUCUAAUCUCACUGUUCUGAUUUUGUUUUAAUAUCUGAGAAGCAACUGGUUUUUUUUUGCUGUUCACUGUACAAAAUGUUUGAAGUUGAAGUACCUUUUAUUCAAUGUUAAUUAAGUUAUUGUU